AAAGACAAAGAGGGGACUCCAUGUCAUUGGUGGCACCGCUUACCUCAGCAGCGUGACAUGCCCAGGAAAUAGGAGCAGUGCUGGGGACUGCGGGUAUUCUUGGGAAGCCAUGAGUGACUUCUGUUCCCCUUACAGGUUGUUCCGAAAUGGCAGAAUAUUAUGUUAAGCCACAGUUGUACAAGGGAAAACUUCAUGAAUAUUGUCAGAAGAAUAAAUUACAACUUGAAUAUAAGGAUGUCAAAGUGGAAGGCCCUCCUCAUGAUCGUGUGUUCACUGUCAUGGUUGUAAUAGGUGACAGAGAGUAUCCUGUUGCUACAGGUAAAAACAAGAAAGAGGCAAAAGAAGAGGCCGCAAAGGCAGCAUGGGAUAGCAUAGCACAAGAAAAUCAAACUAAACAGGGUUCACUUCCACAAACUCCGCAGCCGCAACCGCUGAAACCAUCACCAUCACCGCCAAUAGCGUUUUCAUCAGACACAUUGGAAGAGAUACAACCACUUGACUAUAUCUCUAUGCUUACCAAAUAUGGACUAAAACAUAACAUAAUGGUUGACUAUAAAUUAGAAGAUGAAUCUGGACCGCCCCAUAAAAAAAUAUUUUCUUAUAGCUGUAAAAUUGGUGAUAAGAUUUAUGGUGAAGGCACUGGAAAUGAUAAAAAAGCUGCAAGACAGGCUGCUGCAAAACAUGCAUAUGGGCAGUUAAGAUCUCAAGAAACGUCAAAGGCAGGGAGACACGCAGCUGUUGCCAGUUCUGCAAAUAGUCUACCUAGUAAUUCUAAUGGAAUAUCAAGCUGGUCAUCUGAAAAUGGUACUGAUUCUGCAUCUAAAAAUAUGAAUUCAGAUGAGAGCUUGGUAAAUAAAAUGAAUGACCUGACAGUAAGUGAAGAUAACUGUUCAUCAUCUUCUUGGGCAACUCCCAAAAAUGCUGCCAUGAAAUCUAAGAGAAGAGAGAGCGCAACGAAAUUGGCACCCUCAUUCUCACGUCCGGAGGCCAAGUACACUAAGGAUGAAAGACUUAUCAAGGAUUUUGAAGAGAUAAAGCCGAUUGGCAGCGGUGGAUUUGGGAAUGUUUUCAAAGCAAAACAGAUUAUUGAUAAGAAGAACUAUGCUAUCAAAAGAGUCAUGUGUAAUGAUAAAGUACAGCGUGAGGUACAAGCACUAGCAGAGCUUGAGCAUGAAAAUAUCAUACGCUAUUACACCUCUUGGACUGGGAAAGACUAUCUCAAUUUUGAGAAUAGUUCAAGCAUUUCAAGACUGAGGCCAGAUUUGUUAUGUGAUUGCCUUUUUAUCCAAAUGGAAUUCUGUGAGAAAGGAACACUGGAUGACUGGAUUGAUGAAAAGAGAGGGAAGGAAAAUUACCAGACUGAGUCUCUCAUCAAAUUUAGACAAAUAGUGACAGGAGUGGAAUAUAUUCAUUCUAAAGGGUUUAUUCACAGAGACCUCAAGCCCCUCAACAUAUUCAUAUCUAGUGAAGAUAAAAUAAAAAUAGGUGACUUUGGACUUGUAACUUCAAUGACAGAUGACCUACGGACAACAGACAAAGGAACAAAAUCAUAUAUGAGCCCAGAACAGGCUGGAGACAAAUAUGGACAGGAAGUGGAUAUAUUUGCACUAGGAUUAAUUCUCUUUGAAAUUCUUUGGAUAUUUUCCACUGGCACUGAAAAAAUUAAGGAGUGGCAGAAAAUAAGAGAAUGUGUACUUCCAGAGGAGUUCAGCAAGAACUUUCCAUUAGAGAAAUACAUAAUUGAGCAAUUGCUCUCAAAAGACAUUGCAAAGAGACCUUCAGCAUCUCAUGUACUGGAGCUUUUGAAGCUUGUUGCUAAAAAGAAUCUAAACAACACACAUACAUGUUAGGCUGCCUAUCUAAAGAAACAACAUAAGCUCUGUUUCGGUCCAGAAUUUGACACCCUCCUGCCCCCUUAAAAAUGCUGAAAUGUGACAAACAUAUUUGGAAUCUUAGGUUCAAUCCUAUUGACCUUCACAAAACCAGGCUUUACAUGGAGAUCUCUGCAGGGAUUGGGGGCAUGAAAGCCUCUUCUUGUGAUCCAGAGCAUCAGUAUACAUUUCUACUUACACUCCAUAGUCUGAAGUCUUGUGCCCCUGCCCUUUCUCACCUGUGGGCAGGUGGUGCGUGUCGUGUUUUAUAGGUGGAUCAGCAGUCAUGGACCCAUAGUUAUUUUCAUCCACUGCUGUGGAAGGAACCACUGUGCAGUGUUAGACCAUGGUACUUCCUGGGGUGGAGAGGUCUGUCCACAGUCUGCCCCUGCUGUACAACAGAAUGUCAGCAGUUCCGGUGCAGAGGGCCUCUUAUUUCCAUAAGUAUGAAGAAGGCAGGAUUUGAUCUUUUAUACUUCGGUUUGCUGCUGCCUGCUGUUUUUAAAUCUUUUGCUCUCUCUCAGCAAUAACCAUUUAUUUUUAUGUCACCUAGAAAUAUUGUAGGUUUUUUUACAGUAGGAAAUUUUAGGAAAAAUUGCCACUUCUGGCUGUAUGGGUGGAAGUACUAGGGCUAGGUUCACAAGAGGGACUUGAUUGUCUAGUGUGGCAGUUAGGCACCUAAGUCCAACAUUUAGGCACCACUUGCACUCACAAAAUCACUGGUCAGCUGCCAUCUAAGCCUGUAGGCCCCUAAAGUCCCAAGGUGACUAAGUUUCUACUGGUGAAGUCCUAGAGGGUUCCAACUUUUUGUGGCUGGAUAUGCUCACCCAGGAUGUGGGGAAGCCUGGGGUCAAAUCUCUAUUCUGCUGGGUCCUUCCAUCUCCCAUGAGAGUAUCCAAACCACUGGUUUCAAUCUCUUGUUGAAGCUGCUCCACUUUAUAGUGGAUAAUGAAAUAUUCAUGGGGCUAGAGAACAAGUGAGAGUGACUCUAGUGGUUAUGUCAGUCUGCUGGGAGAUAGGAGACUCAAGUUCAAGUCCCUUCUCCACAUCAGGCAGUGUAGAGAUUUGAACCCAGAUCUCCCACAUCCUGUGUGAGGGCUCUAACUACUGUGGUAUGGGAUAAUGCUCCUUUGUGGUUUUUCAUGAAAAAUGACUAACCUGGCUUAGGUGUCUAACUCCAGGAGAAAGCUGUGAAUCCAAAGUGGAGGUCGGUGUCUUCCUCUAGUUGGGACUUAGGCUCUCAACUCCCUUAAGCCCCUUGGAGGCCACAAACAGCUUUCAGGGGAUUCACCAAGCGGGGCCAGGGCCAGGGCCAGGGGCUGAAGCAUGGGGCCUGGAGCCCACCACGCAGGGUAUGGUGCUCCAGGCAACUGCCCUGCUUGCUAUCUCCUAGUGCCGUCUCUGGUUUUUAUAUGCAGAAACCAGUUAUUGUGGCACAACUGGGCCGUAGAGUUUUUCUAGCAUGUUGAGGUGGUGUCAGAAAGAAAAAGGUUGAGAAUCCCUAGCAAAGGCCACAUCACUCUCCAUAGCAUUUCCACCUAAGCUAGCUAGUAGGCUGAGUGGGCUGGCUUUUGUGAGUCCCAUUCUGGCUUUUCCCAUGCACUGUACAGAAAGCCUGGGUGCCUGACUCAGGACUGUGAACUCCACUAAGGGGCAGGGCACCUAAAAGUCCACUUUAUGAAUAUAUAGCCUCUUAUGUAGAGAAGGUUUGUGUGUCUUUAUUACUGCCUAACACUGUGUGGGAAAAUAACUGAAGUCUUCUCUAGACAAGGUCUGUGCUGUGUGCUCCUCCCUGGCUGAUUGGUAUCUACAUAUAAUUAGCAAUAGCUAAUAUGCUUGUUGCUGGCACAUGCACCAAAAUAUCUGUUAAAGCACCUUUUGAUUACUUUAAUAUAAUAAAUUUCACUCCACUUAAAAACACCAGACAAGUUAAUGUUUGCCAAAUGGAAAAUGAUAGAAUUUGGUAAGAAAGCAUUAGAAAUGUUAUACAUAUUUGAAGAUUGCAAGCUUUUGGGUUUUUCUGUCUUUAUAUCUGAAUGUUAAAUUAUCAGCCAGUUGCUGGUGCUGUAUAAACAAUGCUAUUAUGAUUGUUUCAAACAAUGAAGAAUUUAAAACUAUUUAGGCUCUUAAAGAAUGUGUCCCUUUGAGAAUUAAAGCUCAGUUUAAUGAUUCACUUUAUAGAAACCAGGUGUCACUAUGACUUAACACAGUAGUUUUCAAACUUUUUGAGCUGAGCCCUCCCUUUGAGUUUCAAUUUUUGGUUGUAGCCCCCAAACCCAGACAAAAAGAGGCACGUCGGGGUAGAGGUGGGACUUCCUCUUCAAGCUCCGCCACUUGCCUUCUGCCCCUCUCCCAAAUAUUCCUCCGCACCUCCACAGUUUGAAAACUGAGUUAACAGAUAAGAUCUGUUUUUGGUCGUUUGAAGAUUGGGAUUUGUCUCUGAAAUGUAAAUCCAUAUCCUAUCCAAGUCAGCUGUGUCGAUUGCUUGGGCUACACAACGUUCCCUCAGUAGUAGCUUUAUAGUAAUUAUGUGGUCUUCAAUCUCUGUCCACUUCCCAGGAGAAGAGUCAGUGACACCACCUCACUCCCUCAUUUUAUAUAUAUACACCACAUGGAGACAGGGAUGCUGGAACAGUUUGUAGAGCAGGGGCUCUAAGAGCCAUUGAACCAAACUGUAAACUCUGUAUAUGAUGGAAACCACUUCAAGCCAGGGGGUGCUGCAGCCCCCCAGCAUUCCUAGUUCCAGAACCUCUGCAUGGAUAUGAGUUGUGGUGAGGCAGGUGCCGCAGACCAAGUGGUUGUGGAGGGUGCUAUCAAUAAGAGGCCGAGGGACCUUCAGAACAAGGAAACAAUCUCCAAUAAGUUGUGGAGAGAGGGAGAGCGAGCCCAGUAAAUACCAUCUCCUCCCUGCCCUCCCAAUCUUUCUCUCUUACCAACCCUGUCCUAGAGGUGCCCAAUUUCUGAGCCUUUCACUUGGCUCUGCAGCUUCACUUUCCCAUCCCCUGUAAGAUCAAGGAGUUCAGUUUGGGUCUUUCACAUUUGGUUGCAUAGUUCAAGCACUUUAGAUUUUUGGAGGGCACGUUUUAAUAGAAAAGUCCUGGCUGUGCUUAUAAAAAGCAGUUGGAGGUAGGAAUCAAGCACUCAUAGGCAUUUUUAAUGCUUUCAUCACUGCAACAUAUCAGUGCCAAAGGAUAGCAUAACCAUUCUUUAAAAGCUGUUCUUAGAAAAUAAGGCCCUUGUCUUGCAGUGAGCAGGGAUCUGCAUGCUGAUAUCCUUGUGCCUAUGUAGGGACCCAUUGGUCCACCUACACAGAGCUCAUUGCAAAAAUAGGGUCCAAAUUUACAAUAUUAUGUUUGUAGAUAGCUAUUCUGACUCUUAGAAAUGGUGAAUAAAGUCAUAAUUUUUGUUCUUAUACUGAUCAAGUAUUAGCAUUGCCUGGCUGUCUAUUAGAAUAAAUAGUACUCCUUAAAAAAACCCCAGCCACUGCAGGAAGGCGCAUGAGUUCCUAAGUUUGUGCUCUCUGAGGUAGGGAAAUUUGGUGCUGGCCUGCUGCUACUGUUUAGUUUUAUAUAAAUUCUAAACUUGUGGUGGAUUCUUCUGUAAUGAAUGAGAAUAAAUGUAAGCUUUUGCUCUUUUUUUUUUUUCUUCAGAGGUUAAUGUAAGUGCUUUCUUCCCCAUUAAAACAAAUGUUUGACAUC